GUCUCUUGUCCCAGCAUGCGAAGAAUAAGAAGUAUACGAACUGCUUGUUCUCGAUGUGCAACUGUUAGGCUUCAAGCAACCCGAGCGCAAUCUGCAAGAGAUUUUGUAGACACCAAAAUCAGAGGAGAAUACGAUGCUAUCGUGGUUGGCGCAGGUCACAAUGGGCUAAUUGCGUCUGCAUACCUCCAGAUGGCCGGCAAACGGGUACUCAUACUCGAAAAAAGGGAAAUAGUAGGUGGUGCCUGUGUGACUGAGGAAAUCAUACCAGGAUUUGCAUUCUCCAGGGCUUCGUAUCUUCUCAGUCUUCUGAGGCCACAAAUAGCCAAAGAACUCAAACUAAAGGACUUUGGCCUACAAUUGUACCUUCGAGACACUGUCUCGUUUACACCGCUGGUCGACAGUAAGGUAGGUCAGAAACCUGCAUUUCUUCUCUUGAGUAGAGAUAUGGCUGAGACUCAAAGGCAAAUUGCAAAGUUCUCAAUCAAAGACUCCAAGGCAUACGAAGCCUACCAGUUGCAAAUGUGUAAAUACGCUGCAGCAAUUGAGCCCAUAUUGGACUACCCGCCCCCUCAUCCUGUUCGAUUAUCUGAAAACGGAUGGCGGUCGGCUAUGCGGCAACUGCAGCCUUUCAAGCAACUCUUGAAAUCUGUGAAGGCGUUGGGAAGUGAUUGGGCAUCGUUCUUCAAGCUGGCAACUGGACCGGCAUCUUCAAUGCUCAAUUCCUGGUUUGAGUCUGAACCGUUGAAGAGCACGUUGGCUACUGACGCGAUUAUUGGAGCCAUGCUCAGCCCCAACACGCCCGGCAGCGGCUACGUGCUUUUGCAUCACGUCAUGGGAGAAGUCGAAGGUGUCCGUGAUGCAUGGGCCUAUCCGAGAGGCGGGAUGGGAGCCGUCACUACCGCUAUCGCCCGUUCCGCGUCUGCACUAGGCGUCACCAUCAAGGCAAACGCCCCUGUCGGGUCCGUACUCGUGGAUGAAUCACAAUCGGCAUGUGGUGUCAUCCUCGAAGACGGUACGCAAGUCAAGACGAGACUCGUGCUGUCGAAUGCGACUCCAUCGGUGACCUUCCUGCGUCUCAUUCCACCGGACGCUCUAGCGGCGGAAUUCGUCGACGAAGUGACCGCGUUCGAUUACACGUCGCCGGUGACCAAAAUCAACGUAGCCGUUGAUAGUCUGCCUAACUUCAAAGCUUCUCCCAACCGCGAUAGUCAUCCGGAGCUUCAUCACCGAGCGACCAUUCAUCUGGGAUGUGAGAGUAUCAACGCUCUGCAUCGAGCUUACUUGGAUGCGCAGAACGGUCGAGCGUCCGCAAGACCGGUGAUUGAGAUGUGCAUACCGUCGUCUCUAGACCCGACUGUCGCUCCUUCUGGAAAACACGUCGUCUCUCUAUUUGUGCAAUACACACCGUACGAUCUGGCAGACGGGACAUGGAACAAUGAGACGAAGAACGACUUUGCAAACCGAGUGUUCAGUGUUAUUGAAGAGUACGCUCCGGGCUUCACAUCUUCCAUUCUAGGAUUCGACAUUCUAACACCUCCGGACCUGGAGAACGUCUUUGGUCUCACAGGAGGAAACAUCUUCCACGGUGCUAUGGGUCUGCAUCAACUGUAUUUCGCCAGGCCCACGCCGGCCUAUUGUAACUAUCGUUCUCCUAUCCGUGGACUCUACCUUUGUGGCAGUGGCACGCAUCCAGGUGGUGGAGUGAUGGGAGCGUCUGGAAGAAAUGCAGCGUUGACUGCGCUUCAGGACCUGCAAGUGAACAGAUAGGCUGCCUCACUUACUACGUACGCAUUUAAUUGGCAACAUACAUUAUUAAUUAAUUAAAGUAUUGGA